UUUGUCUCUGAUAUCUUCAAGAUGUGGUCGAUAUGCGUCCCUUUGCUGUGCUCCAUGUUCAUUGGCAUAUGUUCGGCUGGAAUUCGUGCUGCUGGCCAUGAGGGUCAAAGUCCCGGAGAUAGCGCCGUGGCUCGUACCUUGUUUGUCCUGGCGGACGAGAACAUGGAUGGGGUUCUCUCAUUUGCCGAACUGCAUGGGGUUUUCAAGGCAUUCGAUCUGAACAAUGAUAACAGAGUGGAUGAGCACGAGUUCAUCUCUGACUGGACGUCACGUGGUCUGGGUGACGUAUGGGAGGCCCUUACAUUAUUCAAGAACCUGGACACGGACAAAAAUGGCGCCAUUACGGAAGAUCCAGAUCUUUUCAGAGUACAGACGUACUUUGAUAGAGAUGGUGAUGGGAAAAUUAUUCAGUCGGAGUUCGUCAUACAGUGGGUGAAGUUGUCCUCGUCUUAAUGAAAAACAACGAAAGUGGAUGACGUGUGGAUAUUUGAAAUUCUUACCACGUCGGCAUAUGGUAAAAGUGUGCAAUAAAGAUUUGA